AUGCGAUGCUUUCCGACGAAGAUCUGCGGAUACUUCCCUACUCAGGUCGAGGGCGUCCAGGGGCAUCUCCGGUAUAGGAGAGCAGUAAGAAGAGGGUAUGAAACGGCCGAGAGAUUUGAACAACUCGUCGGCUCCAUAGGCAACAAUAGAAUCAAGAUUACCGUUUCGCCCAAUGGUAUCGUCGGGGGUUAUCCUCAGGCCCAUCACGAAUGGGCCACAAACAAGAUCGCCUUCUUCGUCGAGACCAGAUUCGACUUCCCGAUUUCGAUAACACCGACGAGCAUUGUGUCAUCUACGCAAUGGCUGCAAUUCGCUGGACCAUCACCGAAGGCUGCGCUUCAAAGUCUUUCAACUUCUGGCUCGCGCAGUGUCACUAUUCUAUCGGGAAUCUGUUUGUUCUCGGGCAAGGCCAUGAACACGACUACUACAGACGUGCCGAUUAUCAACCUCGAAAGUGGGCAAUGCAACGGAGCUACACUCUACGAGCUGGAGUACAUUGCCCGUAGUGCUCCGGCCAUUGCAGAUCUUGCCAUUGCCUCCAGAUCCGCGGCGCAGCGGACUGACCAUAAUGACGGCGACAAAGUCGGCCAGCCGCCUCAGAUCUGCUUGGACAUUCCUAGUUUCCAUUACUACCAGACCAUCGACGAUCUAUUGCGGUCUGAUCGUUGUGAAUUCACUGAAGCUCUGCGUUGGCUCGGUGCUAUAGACGAGCACCAUCAGCAGAUCUCGCAUAUCUUCCGUGGUUACCUCCACGUCGAGCUGCUCCGCCGAGACCCGUCUCUCAGAUCAUGCGCCAUCAGCGUCACCCCGGGUGGCGAGCGAAUACUCUCGACCAUCCGCAAGUCGCUCAUGAGGCGUACGCUUCCAUCAAUCCAAUUAGCUAUCGACGAUCUCGGUGUGCACGAGCCAGCCUGGUCAAGGUUCAUGCAGUUUGUACCCGACGCGGAAAAGCCAAAGGAUUUUAGAUCACUGGGUCAGAUGUUUUAUGUGUACCAGGUGGUACGGCACGCCUUGAGUGAGGAGUCAACACAAACGGACUUGUUGAUCAGCGUUGAAGACAGCGCCGAAAGCGGAGUGUAUUCUCGAGCCCAAAAGCUUCUCAAGCAAAUACGGGAAUCUACGUGCUCAAAGUCGCCGGUACUACUGGAGACUUACCUCUGUCCGCGUGUCUUCGUCGACAACAAUGCAAACGGGGCUGAGCUGUAUGCCCACGACCCGUAUCCGGGGUCUGUCUACGAGGAAUGCAACGCAAGGAGUGAUACACCGAUUCUGAACUGUUCAAGAAGGCCCAUCAAGCCGCACUGUUCCAGCAGUCAAAGCGAUGUUGCCCUGGAGACUGAUCGGGCGCUGUUGAAGCUGGACACCUUGGAUGUAAUUGCGAAGUUGUAUGGCGAGAGAUCGGCCACGCCGCUGCGGGAACUAUGUGCAGAUGUAGGCCUCUUCGAUGUGCCAAUGCCGCCUUAG